UUGCGGGAGCAGCUAUCCACUUCAAUAUUACAAGCGAAGCGAUUUGAAAUCUUCACAUAUGACAGAUCCAUAAUUCCUGUGCUGGUUCCUUUUCUACCCUUUCGAUCUGAAAUUAUCAUAAGCAGUUUCGAACUUGACGAGAUUUCCCUAGACACUGACUUCUUCGAUCUUGAAGUGAUUCGGACUGCUCGAGAGCUUCUGAUCAUUCACGAGGUGAAGAUCAUUGAUGAACAAUUGGGUCGACUGCAAGCAUAUUCCCUACAGAUUCGAUCUCCUCUACUCACCUCACAGUCUAUUAAUGGAUUAAUACUACAGUGGUUGAAUGGUAGACGAAAAAUUGCUCUUAUCAAAAUUCAAACGGACAAAGUUUUACAAUGGAAUGAGCUCCUCAAUGGCAUUGAUCCAGCCCAGAUCAGGGACUUAGACGAUUCGCAUAGGCACUUUUCCAAAAGAGUUCCCAUUGCGUCUCGAAAAUUAAUUCAAAGUAAAUAUGGGAGUAUCCUCAUUGGCAAGGAUAACGAUACAUGUGCAUUGGAGUUUUCUGUUAAAAAUGUUGCCUAA